AUGACGACUUCACUCAUAUCGAAUGUUACCGAAGGCCAUAAAUCAACCAAUCAACUCAAUCCCUCCAUCGUAUUUGAACAAUUUCAAGAUUUACCCCAGACAAAUCAACGACUUCUGGGCGAGCCCCAUCCCACUGGCACUGUGAAACCACUGGCAUUGAGGCCUUCUGGUCAGCACAAAGAUGUUCAGUUGCAUGAGGUCGUCCAUGCUGUAGAAUCUCUUCAGACGAAGGGCGAACUCACCAAGAAACUCGCCAUUCACGGGGUGCUUUUGUUCAGAGGUUUGCCAAUCCAUGGCGCCGAGGAUUUCAGCAAGUUCGCACACGCUUUCGGGUACAAACCACACGAAAUCAUUGGCAUUGUAGUCGACAGACCGUUGUUGGCACCAAACGUGGCACCUGCGAACGAAAGCCCAAAAGAAGUUCUCAUCUACAACCACAAUGAGUCACCCCAGGUCCCGCAUGCGCCCGAAUACGUUUUCUUCUAUAACCACAAGGCGCCCGCAAAAGGGGGCGAGACCCCCAUUUCUUCAUCACUGGAGCUCUUUCAACGAGCCAAGGAUGAAAUCCCGGAGUUCAUCCAGGCACUGACGGAGAAGGGAAUUCUUAGCAGAGUGACCUAUAAGUUCGACCAGCAAUACACAGGAGGCUCAACCCUAGCGCAAGCUUUUGGAAAAAACUUCUUGGACGGUGACAGUGCGACCAUGAAGCGCGAGAAGAUCGAGGCACAGAUUGCUAGAUAUGGAAGAGGCCAGCAUACGACGUGGGAAUGGAUAGACGACGGCGUGAUCCUGACGCAUAGGCUACCCGCGAUUCGUACCCAGCCAGGCACGGGACUUCCGACGCUCUUCACCGGAUUAGCCGCCUACUGGAAGAACUCUCAAGGCGGACAAGGGGCCAGAAAGGAAGUCACCAAACAGCUCUACGGCGACGGCACGCCAAUCCCAGACAGGUAUCUAGAACACUUGGCGAAGAUCACAGAUGAGAUCCGAGUACUCCACAAGUGGCAACAGGGCGACGUUCUCGUCUUCGACAACGUUAUUGCUCAGCACGGCAGACAGCCUUGGGAAGGCGAACAAUCGGAUCGUGUGGUGCUAGCUAGUCUAUUUGAUGGAGACAGUGUGCCUGGAGCAUAUGGUGACGGCGACUGGGCCCAGGUCGUUCAGGCCUUGGACGGUUGA